GUAAAUACGUUCGCCGCCCUUAGCGAAUCUCGCGUGUUAGAAGAACGAUGGUCUUUCCAGUUGUUUGCAGAGUUCGUAACUUUCUAGUGACAGGAUUGUCAGGAAGUUGUGUCUCAUCAGAGAUUUCACACUGAAUGACAGACAAAGGAUUAUGAUUAUAAGCAGUUCGUUGACGAAACGAUAGUGUUCAUGAAGACGAUCCCAAAGACCUCCAAAGUGUAGGAUAGUUUUCUAUCAGUGUAGACGUUCUGUAUCUCUGGAAUCUAGGGUGAAGCAAGGAGUCGAAGUACAUAAUGUUUUGAGUUUAUCUCUUUUCUAUGCAGAAACAGAGCCGCCCGGACAAACCCGGCUUACAGCGAGCAUGGAGUUUGAGCUGUAAUCAGUACUUCUUCAAAAUCUUGGGUAAGAAAGGUUGGGGGCUGUGAAGCAAACGUUGGAGAAGCUGAAUCUACACACUUCGGAAUUGUGUAGUUGCCCUUCCACUACCGACGAAAUGGACUGGAGGCUUAAAUUGCACAAAAACCAGCAGAUCAUUCUGCUGUUGCUUGGUUUGAUUCCUGGGGCCCUUGCGGUAACGAAGGUACUGACUCCGGGCCAGGCAACGAUCGGUUUAAUAGUCCUAUUCUUUUUCUCAAGGCGACAUGCUAACGCGCUCCAACGGCAAUACGAGGCAGAUGAAGCUCAGCGUGUGCAGGAGGUGGAACGACAAGCAGCCCUGGUGAAGCGAAAAGGAAAGGGAAAGGGCAAAGGUGAUUGAAUCUUUGGAUCUGUGAACUCUUUACCACGACAUUGCCUGCAGCGCCGUCCAGUAAGGCCGAGAGUGAUCGAGGACAUGGAAUUCUUUUCUUCAAGAUCAUGGACAAGUGUCGUCAGAGUGUUAAAUUGGUAUGUGAGGCAAACGUGGUGAAUUCUUCUAGUGCAACUGAAUCUGCAUAUCUCUAGCCGCAGCUAUUUCACUCGAGCGAACAAAUUGCUCAAUGCAGUUGCCAGGAUCAUUUGUCCUGAAAUUCAUAGCAAAUUCAGUAUCCAGGAGGAUUUCUCCAGUGUCUCUUGCGUGUAUUGUAUUCCUCGGCUAUGUCGCAGAAAAAAAAUUUGAUAUAGAUUGAACUUUAUGGUUCAUCCUUUCAAAGUC